GAGUAGAUCGGGAUGAACCGGAUUGGAUGUAUUUGGACUUUCACCAGAGGCUGGCCCGGAUACACCCUGCGUGGUUAUGGGGACGGGAGUUUUGUUCCGAGCACGGUCAAGGAUCAGUUACAGCCGGAACACAGCAGGACUGUGUGACAAGAAAUGAGAUGCAAAUAGGCCGAUGUCAAUAGUAUUCUGAAAAACGAGGGAGGAAGGUGUGUGGAACAGUCGCCGCGAGCUGCUGAGGGACACUGGUACCAAGGAGGUGGACAGUCUUUACCCCAGGCCAGGGGGCACGGGUUCAAGACAGUGCCAGCUGCCUGUGAUGUGAGGGCCUCCCUGGCUGAGUUCCAGAGGUAUCAGUGGCUGUGACAGUGGAUCCAGGUUCUGCGACAGGCUGCUUGGAUCCAGCGGUGGGUCCCCAGUAAUCCAGAUGUGGGGCAGUGAUCUGACGUGACCCCGGUGAUCCAGUGACUUAACCGUCAUCCAAUGUUGGGACUGUAAUGAUUCGGUGGGACUCCAGUGACCUGGUGAUGAACCUGCAGUGAUCCAUCAGUAGAACUCGUCAUCCAGUGGUGGGAUCCAGUGAUCCAGUGGUGGGACCCCAGUGAUUUGCGGAGACCCCAGUGAUCCAGUGGGACCCUGGUGAUUGGAAGGGACCCUGAGGGGGGGACGCUGGUGACCCAGGGUGGGGGAUCGCCCGGUGACCCCGAGGGGGGGAUCCCGGUGACCAGCCCCCAACCAUGCGCUGCCCCCUCCCCAGGCGCUGGGUCCCCUGGGCCCUGCAGCGACUGGCACUGCCUGCCGCCCUCCUGCUGCUGCUCGCUGUCCUGUCCCUCGGCUGGAUCGAGGAGUGGGUGCUGAGCCCCAGGGGGGAGCUGCCCGAGGGCUGGCCCGAGCCCAGCGUGUCCAGGGUGGGGGCAGGGCCAUGGGCCGGGCACUCCCUCCCUGGCGUCCGCCGCCUGCCCAACCCCGGCGCCUGCACUGGCCAGCGGCCUGUCUUCCUGCUGGCCUUGGUACCGAGCAGCCCCGGGCACCAGCGCCAGCGCCAGGCCAUCCGCGCCAGUUGGGGCUCGCUGGCCGAGGUGGACGGCCACCAGGUCCGCACCCUCUUUGCGCUGGGCCUACCCGCGUCGGCGCGGGAAGCACGGCUGCUGGAGGCCGAGGCGGCCCAGCACGGCGACCUGCUGCAGGGCCGCUUUGCCGACACCUACCGCAACCUGACGCUGAAGACACUGAUGGCGCUGGGCUGGGCCCGGCAGCACUGCCCGGCCGCCCGCUUCCUCCUCAAGGCUGAUGACGACGUCUUCGUCAACGUGCGGGCGCUGGUGGCUCACCUGGGGGCCCUGGUCCCGGCCGAGCCCGGGCUGGACCCAGGCCCAGGCCCCCGCCCCGACCUCAGCCUGGACCCCGGCCCCGACCUGUACCUGGGCCGCGUCCACGCCAGCGUGCGGGUGCAGCGGGACCCGGCCAGCCCCUACUACGUGCCCGAGGCCGCGCAUCCGGCGCCCACUUUCCCCCGCUACUGCAGCGGCACGGCCUACGUGCUGUCCCGAGCGGCGGCCGACAAGGUGCUGUCGGCCGCCCGCCGUCUGCCCCUCAUCCCGGUGGAGGAUGCCUUUGUCGGGGUGUGCGCCCGGGCGGCCGGGCUGCAGCCCACCCCCUCGGCCCGCAUGUCGGGCUCGCAGCGCCUGUACCCGCUGCGCUGCUGCCUUCGCCACGCUUGGUCCUCGCACCACGUCGGCCCGGCCGAGCUGCCCGCCCUCUGGGCGCUGGUGGAGCGGGGCGGCGAGUGCGGGGCCCUGCGCGGCCUGGCCGCCCUGCUCGUCUGCAACUCACUGAGCCUGUGGGAGCAGCUCAACUACCUGUGGGCCUGGGUCACCUAGACUGGGGCUGGGGGUCCGGGGACUGGGGCCUGGGGAGACUGGGGACCCGGGGCUGGGGCAGCUCAGCUACCUGCGGGCCUGCCUCACCUAGACCGGUCCCCAGCCCCUGGGGACCCAGGGGCUGGGGACCGGAGCAGAUCAGCUACCUGUUGAACUGGGGACUGCUCCCCCCCCAACCACCUCCUCCAGACCGAUAAACCCGCCCGGCGUCUGUUG